AUGAAUAAAUUAAUUAUUAUUGGGUUGACUCUUUUAUCUUGCGCUAUGGCUGCAAAUUAUGCAGUUUUAGUUGCUGGGUCAAACUAUUACUAUAAUUACAGACACUAAUCUGAUGUGUGUCAUGGUUAUCAUACACUUUUAAAUAAAGGAUACAAAGCUGAAAAUAUCAUUGUGAUGUCAUACAAUGAUGUAGCCAACGACCCUCAAAAUCCUUUCCCUGGAAAGCUUUUCAAUAAGCCUGACGUAAAUGGCUAGGGUGUAGAUGUGAACUAAGGCUGCGUUAUCGACUACUAAGGUGAAGAUGUUAAUCCUUAAAACUACUUGGCUAUACUUGAAGGUAGAAAAGAUAAAGUAACUGGAGGAAAUGGAAGAGUUCUCGAAUCUGGUCCUUAGGAUCAUGUAUUUUUAUCAUUUUAUGAUCAUGGCGCUCCUGGUUUGAUUGCAUUCCCUUCAGAUUAUCUUUAUGCUACAGAUUUAUUAAAUACCUUCUAAUACAUGCACACAAACAAAAAGUACUAAAGACUAGUUUACUACUUGGAAGCUUGUGAAUCAGGUUCCAUGUUUGUUGAUUUAUCUAAAAAUCUCAAUAUUUACGCUCUUUCUGCUGCUAGUCCUGAUGAGUCCUCUUGGGCAGCUUAUUGUGGUGAUCAAGCUGUUGUUAAUAACGUAAACAUUGGAUCAUGUUUGGGAGACUUAUUCUCUGUAAAUUGGAUGGAAGACACUGACAAUCAUAAGAGCCUUUCUCACUACCCACUUUAGAAGUAAUUUGAAGUUAUAAAGGAAGAAACUAAUCUUUCUCAAGUUAUGCAAUGGGGUAAUUUAGCUUUGACAUUCAAAUACGAAGCUACUGGAGAUUACCUUAGUGGAACAACUCAUAACUUCAUCUUUUCUAACUUGAUUACACCAAUUGCUGAUUUCUUCAAAAGAAUGUUUAACAUCGGACUUGAAGAAGAAUUAAAAUACAAGAAAGCCUUAGAAAGUACAAAGCUUAACUUAGUAAAUUCCAGAGAUGUUUACAUGAAUUACCUUCAGAAUAAAUACAAAAAAAACCCAACUGCUGAAAACAAAAUGCUUAUCGUCCAAGCCUUAGAAAAGAGCAAAUAAUUCUAAAACUUGUUCGACAGAUUCUCUAAAGACUUCUCAACACUUGGAAACAUGAAUCAUAAAUCAACCAACUUUACUUGCUAUAAGAAGUUGAUUUCCGAAUUCUAAUCAGUAUUUGGCAGAGUACCUGAAGAUAAAUAUAGUGAAUUCAAGCACUUCUACGAAUAUUGCGCUACAAACAAAUACUAUUAAAACAAUGACUUUAAUAAAUACUUUAAAAGCUUAUAAUGA